CCCGAAUUGAGAUUCAGCAGCAAGUUUACGCGAGUAUCCCAAUUAGAGAUUGCGAGUACAGCAUACUUUUGCCCUAACGAUCAACCCGCAAAAUCAGAAAUCUCUCUACUCGCCACCAAAUUAUGGUGCUGACCAUCAGUCCAUGAAUAUGUGCAGUAAGUUCUAUUUAGUAAUUAAAUCUUCUCCAUGGGCAUAGAUCUUGAGAAGCCUUCAGGAGAAUAUCAUACAGAAGAUAGCAGAUCCAAUGUAAAUGCUGAUAUGGUGGAUGGUGGCAAUGGAUUGCAUGAUGGAAACAGAGUGAUUGUGGAUUGCCAAAACAUUGCUGAGAAUGAUAAGGACAGUGGACCAACUGUUAGUGGAAGACCUUUUGAUACUACACUCAAAGUAUAUGCUGGAGAUGGAAUAAACUUGAAUGCUGUAAAGAAUUUAGAGCCCCAUGACGGAAUGGAAUUUGAAUCAAAGGAGGAGGCAUUUUCGUUCUAUAAAGAGUAUGCCAAGUCUAUUGGAUUUGCCACCAUCACUAAAGCAAGCCGUAGAUCAAGGAUGUCUGGAAAAUUUAUUGAUGCUAAAUUUGUAUGCACUCGAUAUGGAACUAGGCGAGAAACGAGUACUGAAAUGGCACAUCCUGCUAUAGAUGCAGAUAACACUCCGAGCAUUCCUGUCAAAAGAAAACGAGGUAGAAUAAAUCGAUCAUGGGCAAAAACAGAUUGUAAAGCUUGUAUGCAUGUAAAACGAAGGCAGCAAGAUGGGAGAUGGGUUAUUCGUUCCUUCAUAAAGGAGCACAACCAUGAAAUUUCUCCGGACCAGGCAUAUUACUUUCGUGGUCAUAGGAAUUUAGAUCUAGGUAACAACAAUGAUGAUGCACUGCAUGCUAUAAGGGCAAGAACCAAGAAAGUGUAUGUUUCAAUGUCUAGACGAUCAGGAGGAUACAAGAAGCAUGAGAAUCAGAAGACUAAUGUGACAACUCAAUCAGGCAGCAUACGGCAUUUGUCUUUAGAGGAGGGAGAUGCUCAAGUUAUGCUUGACUAUUUUACAUGUAUGCAGAAUGAGAAUCCGAACUUUUUCUAUGCAGUAGAUCUGAAUGAAGAACAGCGUUUGAGAAAUAUGUUCUGGGUUGAUGCCAAAUCUAGGGUUGAUUAUGGCUAUUUUUGUGAUGUUAUCUUUUUUGACACCACAUAUAUUAAGAAUGACUAUAAACUACCAUUUGCUCCCUUUAUUGGUGUAAAUCAUCAUUUCCAAUGUUUGUUGCUAGGACGUGCUUUAGUAGCUGAUGAGACUAAAGCAACAUAUGUUUGGCUGAUGCGAGCAUGGCUUAGAGCAAUGGGAGGACAUGCUCCAAAAGUGAUUCUUACGGACCAAGACAAACCCCUGAAAGAAGCCAUUGCAGAAGUCUUUCCUGACACAUAUCAUGGGUUUUGCUUGUGGCAUAUCAUGAGCAAGGUUCCUGAGAAACUCAGUUAUGUAAUGAGGCAGCAUGAAAUUUUCAUGACUAAGUUUAACAAAUGUGUCUUUACGUCUUGGACCAAUGAACAGUUUGAUAAGCGAUGGUGGAAAAUGGUCGAGAGAUUCAAUUUAAGAAGUGACCUAUGGUUUCAGUCAUUGUAUGAAGAUAGGCAAAGAUGGAUACCUAUGUUCUUGAAAGACAAAUUUUUGGCAGGGAUGUCUACAGCCCAACGGUCAGAAAGUAUAAUCUCUCUUUUUGAUAAACACAUGCAAAGAAAGACUACAAUGAAGGAGUUCUUAGAACAACAUAAAGCAAUUCUCCAAGAGAAAUUUGAUGAGGAAGCAAAAGCGGACUUUGAAACUUGGCAUAAACAACCAGGGCUGAAAUCUCCAUCACCUUUUGGGAAACAGAUGGCUACUUUGUACACACAUGCAAUAUUUAAGAAAUUCCAGGUUGAGGUUUUGGGAGUAGUUGCUUGUCAUCCUAGAAAAGAAAGUGAAGAUGGAGAAACCAAAACCUUCAAGGUUCAAGAUUUUGAAGAGAAUCAAGAUUUCAUUGUGGUGUGGAAUGACAAAACAUCUUCUUUUUCUUGCUCCUGCCAUUUGUUUGAGUUCAAUGGUUUCCUUUGUAGACAUGUGUUGAUUGUUAUGCAAAUGUCUGGUGUGCAUAGUAUUCCUUCUCAAUAUAUUUUGAAACGGUGGACAAAGAAUGCUAAAAGUAGAGAAACGAUGAGGGAACAACUAGAUAAGAUCGAAUCCAGAGUUGACCGCUACAAUGAUCUAUGCAGACGGGCAUUCAAAUUGGGUGACGAAGGUUCUUUAUCUCAAGAGAGUUAUAACAUCGCAUUCACUGCAUUGGAAGAAGCUUUGAGAAAAUGUGAGAGUGUGAAUAAUUCAAUUCAAUGUCUAAUGGUGCCAACCUCGCCAUCUUCCAACAGACCUCUUGACUAUGAAGAAGUGGAUCAAACCAAUGGUGCAUCCAAGACAAAGCAAAAGGAUGAUAAUUCAGGAAAGAGACUGGUACAUUCAGAGCCAGAAGUCAUAACAAUUGGGAUGCAUGAAAGCUGGCAGCAAUUGGGACACUCAAGUUUACGAGAAUCAGGACGUGACUGUUCGUAUGAAAUGCAAGAGAGCAUGCAAGGGAUGUUGAUGGACAGUCCAUUGCAGGAACAGCUAAACUCAAGGGCUUCGAACCUAGAUGGAUUUUUUGGCCCUCAACAAAUUGUGCAGGGAAUGGGACAGUUAAGCUCCAUAGCUUCUGGCCGUGAUGAUUAUUAUAGCAAUCAACAUAACAUGCAAAGGCUGGGACAACUGAAUGCCAUAGCACCUAUCCAUGAAUCUCAUUACAUGACUCAGCAAAGGAUGCAAGGGAUGGGGCAGUUGCAUUGCAGAUCACAGACAAUUCCUAGUUGUUUUGACAUUCAGGAUAACCUACAAGAAAUGGACCAAACUAAUGUGGGAACCUCUCAGUCUCAGUUGCAUGGCAUGGCAUCAAAACACUUGCAUCCCAAACACCUCUCCCGUUAGCCGUGUAGUUUCAUCAUAGCUAUCUUGCAGGUGGAUACUUAGUUGUAUGUUUGCAGAGGAUCAACAGAUAGACUUGAAGUAAAUGGAAUUUAUCAUUUUCUUGGGUUCUGGAGUUCAGGAUGGAUUGAUCAUUUUCUGUCCUCGUGCAGCUCUACUGUAGACUUAGAAACACAAACAAAAUUACUGAGCGGUGCUAAUACUUUUUCUUUUUCCUGAAAGAAAGAAGAAUUAAGAAGAAAAAGUUUAUUUUGGCUUGCAAGAGCUAUUUUGCAAAUUUUUGUUGUACUUUCAUGUAAGAAAUUUACAACAAACGUAUUGUGUUAUCUCCGCUUCAGAAUUCUCACCUGGAAUCAAAAUAAAUAAAUAAAUAAAUUCUCCCGAA